AUGAAUUUAGAGAAGUUUUUUGAAAUUGAAGGUUUAGGUACUUAUUGUGUCCCCAAAUGUGGAGGUUGUAAAUGUGGUUCAUGUACCCCAGGAGACAAAAAUUACAACCUUAAGGAAGAGAGAGAGUUGGCAUUGAUUAGCGCAGGUCUGAACCAUGAUCCUGAUGAAAAAUGUUGGACUGUCAAAUAUCCUUGGAUUAGAGAGCCUGAAGAUUUACCUAAUAAUGUAUCUGUUGCUGUUGCUCGUUUGAAGUCAACUGAAAAAAGACUCAGUAAAUUGGGGACGCACUAUUGUGGAUUAUAUAAUGACCAAAUCCAGGAUAUGGUGAACAGAGGGGUUGCCAGAAGGUUAUCCAUCAAGGAGUUGAACAACUAUGAAGGACCAGUACAUUGUAUUCAUCAUCAUGAAGUCCUCAAACCUAGCUCCAGUUCAACUCCCCUUCGCAUUGUGUUCAACUCCUCAGCCUCCUACAUGGGCCAUAUAUUGAACGAUUAUUGGGCCAAAGGUCCAGAUGUCCUGAACAGUUUAUUAGGCAUCCUCAUAAGGUUUCGUCAGGGAAAGUUUGCUGUUACAGGUGACAUUUCUAAGAUGUAUAACUCUGUGAAAAUGGGAACUUUGGAUCAACAUACCCAUAGGUUUCUUUGGCGGAAUAUGGACAACGAAAGACCACCUGACCAUUACAUCAUGACUGCAGUAACUUUCGGUGAUAAACCCAGUGGUGUCAUUGCUAUGACAGCCCUAAAGAAGACCGUGGAGAUGUAUGAAACAAAGUUUCCUAAAGUUAAAGAUGUUGUAACCAAAAACUCAUAUGUAGAUGACAUUGUGCACAGUUGUGAUGAUAUGCAUGAAGCUCGACAAUUAGUCAGUGAUAUUGAUCUAGUUUUGAGCCAAGGAGGUUUUAAAAUCAAGCAGUGGAUUAUGGCUGGUGACGAACUGAGUGACACAGAUUUGGGUCUCCUAGAUAGUCAUGAGCAACGGAUUUUUGGUCUAAAAUGGGACCCUAGGGAAGAUACAUUUGGAUACAGGGUCACGUUGAAUUUUUCAAAGAAGUUCAGGAAUGUACGAGAAGGUCCCUGCUUAACUAAAUCAAAUUUGGAGAGUCAAAUACCUAAGACUUUAACUAAGAGAGUAGUACUAAGCCAAGUUUCAACUGUGUAUGACCCGUUGGGUUUAAUUGUCCCUUUUACAUUGAUCCCAAAAUUGUUGAUGAGGGAAAUUGUUACCAGUGAAAAAAAUGCAGGUGCUGCAUACGGAUGGGAUGAUGUGCUACCAGACAGAUUGAAGGAAAAAUGGGUUAAGCUCUUCCACGAAAUGUAUGAAUUAGAGUCUGUAACUUUUACUAGGUGUGUCAAGCCUAACAAUGCAGUAGGAGACCCGGUCCUUGUAAUUUUCUCGGAUGGUAGCUCACUCGCUUAUGGUGCAUGUGCAUACAUCAGGUGGGAGUUGGAUGACGGGCGCUUUGAGUCACGCCUAAUUAUGGCAAAAAAUCGUAUAGCUCCUGUCAAGCAGAUAACGAUACCUCGUUUAGAGUUGUGUGGUGCAGUGUUGUCAUGCCGUUUACGUCUCACUAUUGAAAAGGAAUCUGAUUGGAAAUUUCAGUCUGUCUUGCACAUAGUUGACUCAUCCAUCGUAAGAGCUCAAAUUCAAAAGGAAUCUUAUGGUUUCGGUACUUUUGUGGCUAACAGAGUUGCUGAAAUUCAGAUGAAGACAGAUCCUAAUGACUGGUGGUGGGUAAAAACUAGUGAAAAUCCAGCUGACCUAACAACUAGGCCUUGUCAUCCUAACUACCUACGCAGCAAUUCCUUGUGGCAGAAAGGACCGGAUUUCCUUUCAGACAGGAUCUCUGAAUGGCCAAUCAGUAAGUUGUGUAAUGAAGAUCUACCUGACAGAGUAGGUGUCACUUUGAUGUGUGAAGCUGCCACGGUACAGGAGUCAGAUUCUACCCUCAUAAAGAUAGAAAGGUAUAGUAGCUACAACAAACUGCUACGAGUGACGGCACGGGUAAUCGCAGCAGCAAAGACGAGGUCCUUUAAGGCUGCUUUGUGUCAACCCACUACGGACGGACUUAGAGAUGCCGAAAAAUAUCUCGUCCGAGUAGAGCAGAAGGCUUUGCAACCCAACUGGAAGCAUGACUAUCAGAGACUAGGAGUUAACAUGAACAGUGAAGGUAUUAUACUGGUAGGUGAAAGAAUGUCUCGUUGGCUUAAAGAAAAUUGGAACAUGGAUCUCUUUAUCCUCAUGCCCUCAAACAGUAAGGUUGUUAAACUGUAUAUCAAACAUCUACAUGAGAUCGAUCAUGGAGGAAUAGAGAAAACGUUAGCCAAAUUGCAACACAAGUUUUGGACCCCAGGUGCACGACGCCUAAUAAAGAAUAUUAAGAGGCAAUGUAUUAUCUGUAGAAAGUUAGAAACAGUGACUGUUGAACAGAGAAUGGGUGAAUUAUGCUCUGAGAGACUAAAACCUGCCCCUCCAUUCUAUUACACUUCGUUAGACUUAUUUGGGCCAUUUGCUAUCAAGGACACAGUUAAAAGGCGUACUGUUGGUAAAGCAUAUGGUAUCAUUUUCAGUUGUCUUGUGACCCGUGCAGUGUACUUGGAUUUGGCAGACAGAUAUAACACUGAAAGUUUUCUGACUGUAUUCAGACGAUUUGUAGCCAUAAGAGGAUAUCCUCAUACUAUACAUUCAGAUUCAGGUACUCAAUUAGUUGCAGCAAGUAAGGAACUGAAACUGAUUAGGCAAAAUUGGAAUGUACCAGAGAUCAUGAAUUCCAGUGUCAACAAGGGCACCACAUGGGUAUUCAAUAAAUCAGCUGAGGCCCCCUGGCAAAAUGGUUGCAGUGAAGCCUUAAUAAGAUCAGUGAAACGGGCUUUAGCUAUUGCUAUUAGUGAUUCUAGACUGACUUUUGGGGAACUGCAGACUGUCUUAUUUGAAACAGCAAAUCUUCUGAAUGAUAGGCCCAUUGGUAUGAAGCCUGGCAUUGAUGUUGAGAUGGGCAGAGUGUUUGUACCUGACCCGGCAGAGUUUGGUGUUCGUCAUGUCACAGUGCAACAGACGAUCAGCCGGGUUCCUGUGAGUGCUAGGACUUGA